CCACCAAUCUUGAACCUGAAAAAAGGCGGUGAGAUCAUCAUUUCAUCGCUCAUAAUGAGGCAUUUCCUUAACUGCACACAUCCUGCAGCUGAAUUUCUUGUGCUACUACUAAUCGUCACCGUAGUCGCCGCCGGGUAUUUGGCAGGUUCAACUGGAGCUGACAUCUGCGGCACCGGUAAGUCGACUGAUCCGGAUCCGACGACGUUUGCUGGUUACGUAGAUUAUGUCCUUGACGAUCUAGUGCAAAAUACGGCCUCGUCUCCUUACGGCGACAAUAAAGGGGCUAUCUACUAUGAAAAAUUCUAUCCGGACAUCAGUCCCGGCGCCGCUCGAGGCAACUCCAUUUGUCAUGGUAAAGGUAGUGAUUGCCAGAAAUGUCUUUCUGAUAUUCUCAAGUAUUUGAAGCCAUGUGACGCCUUUACUACAGGAUCAGCUCAAUAUGCAGGGUGCAGUAUGCAGUUCCAGCAAUAUUAAUGACGUAUGUACCAAUGAGUGUAUUUGGCUAAGUACACAUACUUUGAUGUUGUGCUUGUCUCUUGAAUCAUAACAAUAAAGAUAAAUAAUCAUU